AUGCCGAGCCACGCCAGCGCGGGUCCCGGAGAGUCCGGCCACGCCGGGCCACACCUGCGUGGGCCCCUGAGAUCCCGGCCACGCCGGUCCGCGCCAGGGCGGGCCCCAGAGAGCACGGCUACAUCGGGCCACGCCACCCCGGGCCACGAAGAGUCCGGCCACGCCGGGCCGCGGCAGUGCGGUCCCCGGCAGCCCGGACACUUUCGGCCAAGGCAGAGCGAGCCCCGGGGAGCACGGCCACUCCAGGCCACUCCAGCGCAGGCUCCGGAGAGCUCGGCCACGCCGGUUCACGUCAGCGCAAGCUGCGGAGAGCGAGGCCACGACAACGCGGUACCCGCGCAUGCUGCGAAGAGCGAGGCCACGACAACGCGGUACCCGGUGAGACAGGCCACGCCAGCGUGGGCUCCGGAGUGCACGGCCACGCCGGGCCACGCCAGCGCGGGACCCGAAGAGCCCGGACACGCCGGGCCACGCCAGCGCGGGCUCCGGAGAGCCCGGCCAAGACGGGCCACGCCAGCGCGGGCUACUGAGAGCCCGGCUAUGCCGGUCCACGCCAGCGUGGGCCCCGGAGAGCCCGGCCACGCCAGGUCACGCCGGCACGGGCCCCGGGGAACCCGGCCACGCCAGGGCGGGCCUCGGGAAGCACGGCCACGCCGGUCCGCACCAGCGAGGAUCACGGGGAGACCGGCCUCGCCAGCACCGGUGCCGGGGAGAACGACCACGCCGGUCGACACCGGCGAGAGACCCGGAGAGCCCGGCCACGCCAGGCCACGGCAGCGCGGGCUGCGCGCGGCCCGCGGCGAACCCGCACUCGCCAGCGAGGGCUGCGGUGAGCCCAUACACGCCAGCGCGGCCCGCGGCGAACCCGCACUCGCCAGCGAGGGCUGCGGUGAGCCCAUACACGCCAGCGCGGGGCGCGGUGAGCCAGCACACGACGGCGAGGGGCGCGGUGAGCCCGCACACGCCGGCGAGGGGCGCGAAGGGCCCGCACACAACAGCGCGGGCCGCGUGAGGCCGCACACGCCAGCGCGGGCCGCGGUGAGCCCGCACACGAGAGUACGUGCUGGGCUGAACCCGAAAGACGCCAGCGAGGGCCGCGGUGAGACCGCACAAACCAGCGAGGGCGGCGGUGAGACCGCACACGCAAGCGCGGCCCGCGGUGAACUCGAAAAUCACGAGCGCGGGCCGCGGUGA